AUGUCCACUAAACAGGGUCGAGGCGUUGUUGUGAAAAACAAGUUGAGGAUUUUAAAACGAAACUACACAAUGCAUAUUGAUUAUAUUCCACCCAAAUCACAAGAUGGACCUCAGGUGAGUACAUCAUAUUGUUCAUCCCUUAAGACACAUCAAAAAUUUGAUUCUAAAUUGCUCAACCUUUUCCAGUCCUACACAUGUUGUGAUUUUGAAUGUACAGAUUGCACACGCUUUUGUGAUUUCUACAGAACCGUUAUCAGGGUGAUAAAAUCAAACCCCGUUUAG